AUGGGACACGUCGCCGGGGCCCUGCUCGUCGCCGUCGCCGUCGCCCUGGAGGUAGAGAUCCCGCCGAGCACGUCGGAGGCCGCCCCCACGUACGGCCUGAAGCCCGUGCAGAGCGAGGCCGACCUGCGGAUCUGCGGCGCGCAGUCCGUGCGCCGGAAGCAGCUGUCCGGCAAGUACAUCCGCGGCGUCGGCGUCGAGAUCGGCGCCAAGCACACGCCGCUGCCCGUGGACCGGCGCGGCAACCGCGUCAUCUACGUCGACCACAAGGACGACGCGGGCCUCGCGGCGCAGUUCGGCGCCGCGCCAGCGGGGCGCGAGCGGCUCCACGUCGACGUCGUCGACGACGGCGCGGCGCUCCGCAAGUUCGCCAACUCCUCGCUCGACUUCGUCAUCGCAAACCACGUGCUCGAGCACCUGCCCUGCGCGCUCUGCGCGCUCGCGGCCUGGGCGCGCGUGCUCAAGCCCGGUGGCAUCAUCUUCGCGGCGAUCCCGAGCAUGCGCCACACGUUCGACAAAGACCGCGCCGGACCGACCCCGCUCGCGCACCACCUCGCCGAUCUCGGCGACCCGGCGCGCGUCGCGCGGAGCUUCCUGGAGCACGCCAUGGAGCCGCACGUCAAGGAGGCGGCCGGCCUGCCCGGCGCGCGGAUGACGCGGGACCAGGCCGCGGCCUUCCUCGCGACGCCCGCCGCGCCGGGCCUCCACCUCCACACCUUCACCCCCGAGUCUAUCUUCGAGCUCGUCGUGGGCGCCGCGACCCGCGCGGGCGUGCCCGUCGCCCAGCUCGCCGCGUCGCGCGCGAACCCGACGGAAUGCGUCGCGAUCAUCCAGGUGACGAGGGCAAACUCAAACUCAGGUGCCGUGGCUUUCACGGGCCGUUAA